CCCAAUCUGGCAACAGUACAUACUUCCGGCAUUUAAGGUAUCGGAUGGAAACGAUUGCGAAGGAUUAGCUGGAAAUAAUAAUAAUAAUAAUAAUAAUAAUAACAAUAAUAAUAAGAAGUAAUCGGGUGACCAUGCGUGACGGAACCGUCCCGGAGAGCACAGCGAGGCUUGUGGGUCGAUCCUCUUUCCAUGUGAAGCAGUAGCUGCACACACUUCUCCUGCUCGGGGAGGUCUUUGUGUCUUCGCGAUGCUCGAAACACCACCUGGGUUUCCCUUUGAAGAUAUCAAACGGGAAGACAUUGAAGUCGGAGAGGUUAUCGGGAGAGGGACGUUUGGCGUUGUGUACAAGGCCAAAUGGAAAGGCAAAGAUGUGGCCAUCAAGACCAUCGAGAGUGAGGACGAGAGGACCGCUUUCAUCGUGGAGCGUCGUCAGCUGUCCAGGGUCAACCACCCCAACAUCGUGAAGCUCUACGGCUCCUGUGACAGUCCGGUGGGUCUCGUCAUGGAAUAUGCUGAAGGGGGAUCUCUGUACAACGUGCUGCACGGUGCGGAGCCCCUGGCGCAGUACACGGCGUCGCACGCCAUGAGCUGGUGUCUGCAGUGUGCCAAGGGCGUGGCCUAUCUGCACGCCAUGAAACCCAAGGCCCUCAUCCACCGCGACCUCAAGCCCCCCAAUCUGCUGCUGGUGGCGUGCGGCACAGUGCUGAAGAUCUGCGACUUCGGGACGGCGUGCGACAUCCAGACCCACAUGACCAACAACAAGGGCAGCGCGGCCUGGAUGGCCCCCGAGGUGUUCGAGGGCAGUAACUACAGUGAGAAGUGUGACGUGUUCAGCUGGGGCAUCAUCCUGUGGGAGGUGAUCACGCGCAGGAAGCCCUUCGACGAGAUCGGAGGCUCGGCCUUCUGCAUCAUGUGGGCGGUCCACAGAGGCACCAGGCCCCCUAUGAUCAGAGACGUCCCUCCCACCUUGGAGAGUCUGAUGACGCGGUGCUGGGACAAGGAGCCCAGCCAGAGACCUCCGAUGGAGGAGGUGAAGAACACCAUGGGGGGUCUCAUGAAGUAUUUCCCCGGCUCUGAAGAGCCCCUCCAGCUCCCCCACCAGUAUUCAGGCAACAGGAGUGGCUCCUCCUCAGGCACCAGCACCGGAUCGUAUGCGGACUACACCCUCAACAACCGCAGCGGGAGUGGUGGGGUGGACCAGGGCGGGGGGUCGCAGGGGCGGGAAGAGACCCUGAAGAGCAUCGAGGUCCCAGUGCCCUUCAAGCCCUCCAAGACGGGCACACUGCGGCCCAGUCUGCCCCUGUCCAGGAGGUCCAGCUCUGAUAGCCAACCAGGACGCUCUCAGAGCCCUGCGCAGUCUUCCGGGCCCACCGCCAUGCCCGUCAGCCAAUCAGAGCUCAGGUUACCUCUGAGUCCUUCUGCUACCAACGGGGUGGACAGCUCCAUACCCAUGGCCUACCUGACACUGGACCACCAGCUACAGCCCCUGGCCCCAUGCCCCAACUCCAAAGAGUCCAUGGCGGUGUUUGAGCAGCACUGCAGGAUGGCUCAGGAGUACCUGAAGAUCCAGACCGAGAUCACACUGCUCGCCCACAGGAAGACGGAGUUGAUCUCGGAGCUGCAACAGGACGAGCGGGAGACGCAGAGCGCCACACGCCUGGCCCAGGAGCACUGCCAGCUGCUGGAGGACAACAGGGGGCUGUCUGACUACUACCAGGGCCUCAAGAGCCAGAGCCAGCAGCAGCAGAGCCAGCAGCAGCAGAGCCAGCAGCAGCAGAGCCAGCAGCAGCAGAGCCAGCAGCAGCAGAGCCAGCAGCAGCAGAGCCAGCAGCAGCAGAACCAGCAGCAGCAGAACCAGCAGCAGCAGAACCAGCAUCAUUAGCAGCAGCAUCAGUACACCUUUUAACAACUACAGCAGCAGCAUCUAGGAACACCAGCAACACAGCUAGUGGAGAGGGGACGGGCAAAGGUUUGCUGUUGUAGACAGGAGAGGAGGUUUCCCGUGUGUGUGUGUGUGUGUGUGUGUGUGUGUGUGUGUGUGUGUGUGUGUGUGUGUGUGUGUGUGUGUGUGUGUGUGUGUGUGUGUGUGUGUGUGUGUGUGUGUGUGUGUGUGUGUGUCCUUCAGCAGUCUAUAUAAACUCUGUACCCACAGGCAACAGACGCCCGUGCACAUCAAUUUGUUUUAUGGUUUGCCGUGAGAGCUGAUCCCAGGUCACACUGCCGGCGUGCUUGUGUGUGUGUGUGUGUGUGUGUCCACUAGGACUUGGGAGUCUGCCACAAAGGAGAACUGUACCGAGCUCUAAAAGAAAUAGGAAGAGUUGCUCCUUCCACUUCAUAUUCUUUGCCCCCCCCCAAUCGCAGCCUCAGGUGUCGUCUGUCGCCACGGAAGUCGCGGCCUACAGUGCCUGGAGUGGUUCUUAGGACGACGGAAGCUGCUGAGCCUGUUCUGCCUUUGUUUGCCAAAUCGCUGCCUUCCGGCACAACGGGGACGGUCCAUUGGUCCGCAGUCCCGCGGCCGUCCUCAAUGGCACAGGCGCAACUCAGAAAAACACUGUUUUUCUCUCAGCGUUUGUGUUUGUUAACGCACAAAAAACAAGGUAUUUUUCGCAGGUUGGUUUAAAUGAGGGAGAGAGGGAGGGAGGGUGGGAGGGAGGGAGGGAACUAACGGUGUAGAUAUUACCGGGCUUGUGGGCCUUUUUAUUGUUGCAUUUUAAAAAAGGAAAUGAGGUGAAAAGUUUGGGAGUUUACAAUCCUCAACGUGUAUUACCGUGCGCAUUUCGUGUUUUAUUUGUUUAUCUUGUGCUUCAAAACCCACUGUUUUCAAAAACCCACAUCUUAUCAAUAUUUGUACGUCCUUCACUGCAUUUAUUGUAUUAUUUCAACUGUAACUGCUCAGUGUCCAUUCAUGAUUUCGAGAAGCCAGAGGGUUUUUUUGGGCUUUGGGUUGGGGCAGCAAGCAAGGGGAAGGUGAAUUUGUUUUUCGCUCACAAUAUGUCACAGGAUCGUUAAUGUCUAAUUUUCACAAUUUGCCUUAGGAUCUUGUUAGUGAUAGACAGCAAUACUGGGUUGCGAAUCUAUUCAUCUCAAGUUUUCAUUUUAUGAAUGUGUUUUAUUUUAUUUUGUAUUGAGACCAUGCACAUGUAUACACAAGUCCUUGAUUUAGUAUAAUGGCCACAGACCCCCUAUUGCAGGUGGUUCCUUUUCCCUCGACCAACCUCCCUAUCAAACAGUGCACAUUUUUAAGAAGAUCACCCAGUAUUGAGACUGGUUAGAGUUUUUAAGGGCCAACAUACUGAGUAACUGUAGACCAAUGCUACUGACAAAUUUGUUCUUCAAGGAACUUUGUGGUGGCCUGGAGCUUGUUGACUUAAUGGAAUAAAACGAUGUGUUUCUCUGAAACUGA